GAGGGCAAACCCUUCAACUCAUUCUUCUACACCUCUCAACCAAACUUUUAUGAAUCCUCUUUUAAAAUUAGCGAAUAUUUACGUAAACUAAACGAUUUUGAAGACCGACUCAUGAGUAAAGGGGUCGUAACGCCUCCCGACAACACCAAAAUUGACCUCUUGGGCUCGGAAUGGCUUUCAUAUAAAGAAAUGAAAGCAAAAUUCUUGGAAUACUUCACCGAAAAGAAGUACCAGAGUUUGAUUGAGGCGUUGGAACGGCUGGUAAUCCAUCCCUACUCUAAAGCGGCCAAAGAUUUUAUAAUGGAGUUCAGGAAAGAAGUGAAAGCCGUCUCCAAACAGAUUCAAGUGCCCCCUCUUAUGCUCGACCACAACGCCAGGCCUUAUAUGACCGGCAAAGCAAUGCGAAAGUAUUGUAUCGCAGAAGUGGUGGUUCGCGGGAACGGCACCGGGAAAGUAGACAUCAAUGGCAAAGACUUACUGUACUUUGAGUUUAUGCAAGACAGAGAGCAAGUGAUGUCUCCGCUCGUGUUCUGUGGCCUACUGUUCAAAGUGGACAUCGAAUGCAAGACAUAUCACGAGGAAAAGACUAAAGAGUGGAGUAAAGACGCGCCUCCUUUG